AUGUCUGGAGACGAUAAUGCAGCGUUCGAAUUGGAGGAAUACACCGUUGGAUGGGUCUGCGCCCUUCCACUCGAGAUGGCUGCCGCUAGAGGGAUGCUCGACAAGAUUCACCCAAGCCUGGCUCAGCAGGACCCUGAUGAUCAUAACAGCUAUAUCCUGGGAGAAAUUCAGGGUCACAAAGUUGCAAUUGCAUGUCUGCCAGCUGGCAUCUACGGGACCAAUCUUGCAGCUACAGUCGCUAAAGACUUACUUCGAUCAUUCAAAUCUAUUCGAUUUGGCUUGUUGGUUGGCAUCGGAGGCGGAGCGCCAUCAUCGAAGCACGACAUCCGGUUAGGUGAUGUGGUGGUCAGUCAGCCUUCAGGAAUAUUCGGAGGAGUCGUGCAACAUGAUAGAGGAAAAACGUUACCAGAAGGCGGAUUUGAGCGUACUGGGUCACACAAUGCGCCCCCGCAGUCUUUACUAUCCGCUUUGGCUCGCCUCCAAGCUACCCAUAUGACUGAGGAAAGCAGGGUCCCCGAGUUUCUAUCUCAGUUGUCUGCGAAAGCUCCCAAGCGGAUGAAGGGCAAAUUCAGCUACCCAGGUGCAUUACAUGAUCGACUUUACGCAGCUUGGUAUGACCAUGUCAAGCCAGGAAACACAACAUGUGCCGAAUGUGAUGAGUCACAGGUCAUCAAUAGAGAGGAUCGUGAUGACACCGAUCCAUACUUCCACUAUGGCAUCAUCGCCUCAGGAAAUCAUGUCAUCAAGGACGGAAAGACGCGUGAGCGUUUGAGUCAAGAAUACGAUGCACUGUGCUUCGAAAUGGAAGCUGCAGGCCUGUAUAAUUUUCCAUGUCUUGUUAUCCGGGGUAUCUGCGAUUAUGCCGAUUCGCAUAAGAACAAGGACUGGCAAGAAUAUGCUGCUGCGACGGCGGCAGCAUUUGCGAAAGAGCUGUUGUUGUUUGUGCCAACUAACCAGGUUCUACAAGAAAAGAAGCUUGUGUCAGAGCUUGUGUCAAUUGCCAAAGAUCACCUAGAAACCUCGGUACAGAGCCUAAAUGAACAAAAACACAUCAGGAAAUUUCUAGAUGAUCGCCCCUUUGAUCUCCACAUAGUUCACAAUGCACGCUGUGACAGCGAAGACGUCAAAAAGAGUCCAAGAUGCGAACCUAACACACGAGCCCGUAUCCUCGAGCUCAUCCAAAACUGGGCAGAUAAUGAAUCAGAAUUGCCACUACUUUGGCUUAUCGGUCCCGCCGGGACUGGCAAGUCUACUCUUGCCAGGAGUGUAAUCGACUCUCUGGAAACAAGCAAGCGACUGAUUGCUGGAUACAUGUUCAAAAGAGGAGAACAGGACCGGAAUGGCACCAAUCGGAUAUUCUCUACUCUCGCGAUGCAAUUGGCAGAUACUCUGUCCCGGUUUAAAGAGAGCCUUCGGAGUUCUCUUGAAGGUCUCGAUAAGGACGCAGUAGACAAGAGUAGCCUCGAGAAUCAGUUUCAAAAGCUCUUAUGGGACCCCUUGGAGAGUUUGAAAAUCAAAGAGGCAAAUCAGCUGCCAGGGAUAAUCGUCAUUGACGCUUUGGAUGAGUGUGAACGACUCGAAAAUCUUACAAGGUUAUUGGGGCUUUUUUCGAAGCUUUGCACUAUCUCUACGCUCCGCCUGCGUGUAUUAAUUACCAGCAGGUAUGCCCCCGAGAUCAUCGAAGCCUUCGAGCCUCUUGUGAAGGAAAAGACUGUCCACACGUUAGAACUCCACCGAGAAUUCUCUGGCGAUACCGCGCUCGACAUUCGCAACUUUCUCGAAGCGAGAUUUGCAGAUAUAAAGCACAAGAGGAGGGUACAAAAGGACCCAUGGCCUACCGUGGAUGACCUUGAUCGCCUUGUAUGGCUUUCUACCACCCCUGAGCCCUUGUUCAUCUAUGCCGCGACUUUAUGUCGAUUCGUGUCAGAUAAGAACCGGGGUCCGAUCCAGCAGCUAAUCAUGUGGCUGGAACAAGGGAGCAAGUCGCAACUGCACCAGAUAUACUAUCCUAUCCUCGACCAAGCAUUCUCAGGUUUUGAUAAAGUGGAAUUUCGUCAGAAGUUGCGAUUUCUCGGUACCAUUGUACUUCUUGCCAAACCACUCUCAGCCAAGUCUCUCACCCUUUUACUUCGUACGGAUCUAGACGACAUCAGCUGGUGGGUUCCAAGCCUAUAUGCAGUAUUGCAUGUACCCUACGAGCUCUAUCAACCGAUACAGAUCCUUCACAAAUCAUUUUCCGACUUCUUGACCAGCGACGACGGUUUGGGCUCUAACAGGUACAAAAUAAACACAGCUCAGAUACAUGCACAUCUUGCGGAGGCUUGCAUUCAAUGUAUGAACGCCAAACUCAAGCAAGACAUUUGCGGGAUUCGCAAACCAGGGACGACCAAAGACGAGAUUGAUGCGAAUUCUAUAAGCCAUCACAUCCCCCCUGAACUCGACUAUGCCUGUAAUUACUGGUUCUUACACUUGAGACGGAGCGAUCGACCCCUGAGUUUCUUCACGUACACGUUUCUUUUUGAUCAUCUCCUUCACUGGGUCGAGGUGCUAUCUCUCCUGGGGAGACUGGCAGAUGGUGUAUGCAAAGAUCUACGACCGGAUUUCGUCCCAUUCGUUCAAGAUUCAAUAAGGGUCAUCGUUGCCUUCAUCGCGAUUAUAGAGCUUGCCCCUCUUCAGAUAUACGGAUCCUCAAUCUUCUUCUCUCCCACUGAAAGCAUAGUGCGUCGAAGGUUUUGGCAUCAGCGCAUACCCAAGACUGGUGGGAUACAUGGUGUCGAGGCCCACUGGAGCCCACGUCUGCAAGUGAUUCAGAACUCUGGCAGAACCGUGUAUUUACAUGUGUUUUCACCGAAUUGCCAUGUCUUGGCAUCUGCAGUAGAAAGUGGCUUCCACGAACAUGAGAUUCGACUGCGCAGCAACAUCAAGAUUCGUACCCAUUUAGACCCUCUACCAUUCACUGGGAGCCGUAUAGAAACGAUUGCCUUUUCAGCAGACAGUCUCCAUCUGGCAGCAGCGGACUUUGAUGGGCAUAUAAGACUUUGGGAUGUGAAAUCCGGUCAUACCCAACAGAUGGAUAUUGGUUGUAACAGGCGACUUAUAGCCAUCGGAUUCUCAUCAGACCUGAACCUUGUGAUUUCUGUAUCCGAGGAUGGGACGGUUCAGUUUUGGGAGAGAUUGGAAAAUCUUUACCUAGAGCUCGCUUCAAAACGACGAAAUAUUACACGAAAGGCCAACUGGGCGGAAGUACGACUUGGAGAGGCAACCUUCUCACCAUGUAUGCAAUUAUUGGCAUACCGGGAUAAGAAUGAACCUUAUGUAAAGAUUCGGAAUUUCACGACUGGCGAACUAAAAUUUGCAGCCAGGCCCCGGAUAUAUCGAACCCGACGUCAGAGAAUUGGCAAAGUUGAAUUCUCACCAGACAGUAGGCUGCUGGCAUUUGUGUGCAUUACGAUAGUGACCAUUUGGGACGUGGAGACAGGUGCACAGCACCUGUCACUAGAACACGAUCACCCUGUGAACGCUAUUGCAUUUUCACCCUGCGGAAGGAUUAUAGCGUCGAGUGCACGGGAAAAGAUUCAGCUAUGGGACUUGCGGACUGGUGUUUCUGAAACCACUUUGAUCGAAGAUGGAACUGUCAGUGCAUUGGCCUUUACACCGGACGGUUCAACUCUAGCAUCGCCUCAACACCUUUGGGAUACCACGAAGCCGCGAGAACAUCAAUUUUCCGGUGGUGAUAGUCAGUGCAUUACUCGAAUAGUCUCGUCACCGGAGGGAAAGCUUCUUGCUUCAGCUUCUCGAGAUAAAAUAAUUCGAAUCUGGGACGCUGCAACACUAGCGCAUCGAUGGUCGUUCGUAUGGGAUGGAAAGGAUAUCUCGCAAUUAUCCUUUUCCUCUGAUAGUAAAUUUCUAGCUUCCUUAUCAGAGGAUAGGCAACUGUGCGUAUGGAGCAUGAUGUCUGGUGCGCGACAGGAGAGAUUUCCCAGCUCUAUUUCAGACGUGACUUACUCGCCAGACGGCCAGAUCGUGGCAACAAAGCGUCAGCUCCAACUUGGCGGCGAAGUAGCGCUCUGGGAAGCAGUGAGUGGUCGGCCGCUAUGCAUACUCGACGGCACCCGAACAUUUGUCUCAAGAUAUUCCAGCCCAGUCUUUUCACCCGAUAGCCGCAGCGUAGCUGCAAUUGGGCCCACUGGCUCGCUGGAAUUAUGGGAAACAUCUACAGGCAGACACCAACGGUGCCCAAUUGACUCCUUGGUCGACAAAAUUCUCUUCUCCCCAGAUAGUCAACUUAUCGCGGCCUUAGGGCGUUCAGAAGUUUUCCUAUGGCGCAUUACUGGUUUUGAGCCACCCAAACGUCUUGAAGUUAAUGCAAAGACAGCGGAGUUUUUCCCUGACGGGAACUUGUUAGUAGUAGCUGGUUCAAAGGUCACAGUCUGGGAUGUCGCGACUGGCUCCCAUCAAGAUACACUCGGAGACUUGCAGGGGAGUCCGAUGGCUUUACGUGUCUCAUUUGAUGGAAGACUGAUAGCGGUGUCAUCGGACACUCAGUCUGUUCUAGUGUGGGAUGUCACUUCACGCCCCGAGUCACAUUUCACAAUGAGACAGAACGAAACUGUCACAACCAUGGCAUUCUCACCGGACGGGAAACUCUUGGCUACGGCAUCGGAGCACGGCUUAAUUUGGCUCUGGGAUACAUCUUCUGGCACUCAAUCAAGAUGUACUAAGCGCCAGGAAGGUAUCAUUAGAGGAAUCAAAGUCCUACCGGAUGAGCUGAUCGUUUCAGUUUCAGAUCUCCCUCCUUUCUUCAACCUUUGGAACGACAUGAAACUUCGAAUCUAUCGCUAUCGAACUACCAGCAUGACAACUGAGCAAUUAUUGGAGCGGUUUCCAGACGAUAUCGGGCUCAGGUACGAUGCAGACUGGAUCAAGCAAGGUUAUGAGAAACUCUUAUGGGUACCACCACAAUACAGACCGACUGAUGGAAGUGUUAGAUGCUGGAUCUGUCAGAACUCCGCAACGAUGUUGAUUGGCUCUGUCUCAGGUCAUGUAAUUCGAUUUGAACGUGUGUGA